UCAUCUAUUUGACUUUUGGCGGCAAAUGCUAGUUAACAAGAAGAAUAUCAAAGCUUUGUUAUCUUGUAGAUCUAUGUCAUAUUGAUUUGUGUGCUGUACAAAAAAGUAAUGACCAGACUUUAAAUAAGUGUAGAUUAAUUUGCAACAUAAUUGCUAAUGGAAUCGCCAUACUUCAACAAACGAACAACGAGAUCUAGCGGCAUCGGUAAAGUGAAAGUAGAAAAUGAGCAAUUGCCUCUGAAGAAAUCGGCAAAUGGAACCACACAAAAGCCUUUCUCUAGAAAACGAAAAGUAGAGGUUAAAUAUGAAGAAACUAUGGUCGAACAACCACAGAAUGUAAAACAGGAACCCCCUGUUUGGGAACCCCCUAUGUGGAGAGAACAAUUAAAGAACAUUUAUAGCAUGAGAAAAUUUAGGAACGCAGCUGUAGAUUCGAUGGGAUGUGAUGUCAUCAGCGAUACUCUUGCAUCUCCCGAGGUAUUCAGAUACCAAGUGUUGCUUUCACUCAUGUUGUCGAGUCAAACUAAGGAUCAGAUCACAUCAGCAGCUAUGGAGAAAUUACGAGAACAUGGCUGUAGCAUUGAUAACAUUUUACAGACCUCUGACAAAGAGUUGGGAGAGCUAAUUUAUCCUGUUGGUUUUUGGAAGAAAAAGGUUGAAUACAUUAAGAGAACUUCCAAAAUUCUUCAAGAGGAAUACAAUGGAGAUAUCCCAGACACUGUGGAGAAAUUAUGCAAGCUGCCAGGAGUUGGACCCAAAAUGGCUUAUUUAGUUAUGAAGUGUGCUUGGAAUCAGAUAGUGGGCAUUGGUGUAGACACACAUGUUCACAGAAUAUCUAAUCGUUUAAAUUGGGUGAAGAAACCCACAAAACAGCCGGAGGACACCAGGAAAGAGUUACAGGAUUGGCUUCCAAGGGAGUACUGGAGGGACAUUGAUGAACUCCUUGUAGGAUUUGGACAACAAACAUGUCUACCAGUGGGUCCAAAAUGUUAUGAAUGUCUGAACAAAGAGAUCUGCCCAGUGGGUAAAUCAAAUAAAAAGAUGCCUUCCUCAAAGAAAACCAAGAAAGAAGAGAAAAAGAUAGAGUAUAUUAAGAGAACUUCCAAAAUUCUUCAAGAGGAAUACAAUGGAGAUAUCCCAGACACUGUGGAGAAAUUAUGCAAGCUGCCAGGAGUUGGACCCAAAAUGGCUUAUUUGGCUAUGAAGUGUGCUUGGAAUCAGAUAGUGGGCAUUGGUGUUGACACCCAUGUUCACAGAAUAUCUAAUCGUUUAAGAUGGGUGAAGAAACCCACAAAACAGCCGGAGGACACCAGGAAAGAGUUACAGGAUUGGCUGCCUAGGGAGUACUGGAGAGACAUUAAUCAUCUCCUUGUAGGAUUUGGGCAACAAACAUGUCUACCAGUGGGUCCUAAGUGUUAUGAAUGCCUUAACAAAGAGAUCUGUCCAGUUGGGAAGACAAAUAAAAAGAUACCUUCCCCAAAGAAAAUCAAAAAAGAAGAGGUGAAAGAGGAAAUGGAAUAAAAAACUUUACACCAUGCAUUCUGUUUUUGUUCAAAUGAGGUAUCAAUGCUUGAAAUAGAGUAUUGAACCUUUUAAGUAUUGACAGGUUUUAGUACAUUCUUCAGUUCACUAAAGUAUGGGCUUACCGAUACUUUAAAAAAUGUGUUCAUUAUUGUGAGUUUUUUAUUUGAUGUUUGUUUAGAAUUUUUUAAGGUAUCUACCUCAUGUUAGUGGAUAUUUUUAUGUAGUACCUUUUGGUACAUACCAGUGUUUUGUUAUUAAACACAAACAUGCUGAUUUUUGUGGUUGUAUAUUUUUUGUAUUUUAUAUAAUACACUGCCUGUUGUCAUGUAGGGGUAUUACAAAAUUCUUCAAUAAAAUUUCAAUCAUUUAGAAGUGU